AUGGCGGACAAGCCCAGUUGCCCGGCAAAGCUUUAUGCCUUGAAUGAGAACAACCAAUGGGAUUAUCUGGGCUCAGGGAAUGUCACCUCAGUUCCCUCAGAAUCCCAGGGCAUGUUUCUGGUAGUUAGGUCGGAAUCCAGCGGCUCGCUGGUCCUAGAGACUGAGGUACUCCCAGACACGCCCUAUCAGAAACAAAAAGACACAUUAAUUGUUUGGUCCGAAGGUGAGAACCACGGAAUGGCGUUGAGUUUCCGAGACUCGGAGAGUUGUCAGGAGACCUGGGAAGCCAUUUGCCAGGUUCAAGGUAAAGACCCCACUGUCAACGUCACACAGGACCUCUUAGAUGAUUUGGAGGAAGACAUUAAUGAAACGCUAGAAACUGAUGAUUUGGAUGAACUGCCUAACUGUGAACUCAGUAAACUUAAACAGAUCGCUAACUUAGUCACCUCAGCUUUCGGUUCACCUCUCCUCAGGAGAAGGCUGGCCCUGGUCUUAGAAAAUGAGAGCUAUAUUAAAAAACUACUGCAGCUGUUACACACUUGUGAGAACGUGGGCUACACUGAAGGCUUAUACCAUUUAAAUACAAUUAUUAAAGGAAUGUUUUUCCUCGACAAGACAGCUCUGCUUGAGAUCUUGUUUUCUGAUGAGUGCAUCAUGGAUGUGAUAGGAUGCCUUGAAUAUGAUCCUGCUUUGGAUCAGCCAAAAAAGCAUAGGGAAUUCUUGACCCAAAAUGCAAAUUUCAAGGAAGUUAUACCGAUAACAACCUGUAAACUUAGACAAAGAAUACAUCAGACAUACAGGGUACAGUAUAUUCAAGACAUUCUUUUUCCUACACAAUCGGUAUUGGAAGAGAAUUGUCUUUCUGCUCUUAAAACUUUUAUUUUCCUCAACAAGAUGGAGAUAAUCCACAUGCUGCAGGGAGAUGACAAUUUUUUGCCUCAAAUAUUUGAACAGUUAAAGGACAAGACUAUUGAUAAUGAUAAACGCCGAGAAUUGUUAUUUUUUCUCAAGGAAUUUGUUGCAUUUGCUCAGAUAUUAAAGCCUCGAAGCAAGGAUGCACUAUUCAAAACAUUGACACAAAUGGGAAUUCUUCCCGCUAUUAAAGUUAUAAUGAGCCUGGAUAAUUUUCAAAUAAAGUCAUCUGCUAUUGACAUAUUUACUUAUAUGGUAGAUCAUAGUCCAUCCAUGAUCCGAGAAUUCAUAAUAGAAGACCAGCAGAAUGAAAAUGGUAGCCUUCUCAUUAAUUUAGUCAUUAAACAAAUGAUCUGUGAUCCUGAUCCUGAGCAAGCAGGUGCUUUACAUAUAAUGAAACUUCUUCGUUUAGUACUUGAUCCAGACAACAUGAUAGCGAUGCCACAUAAAUGUGAAAGAAGUAUAUUUCUAAAUUUCUUUUAUAAACAAUGUAUGCAUAACAUAAUACUACCACUUUGGGCCACCACAUCAGAAGAUACAUUCGAAGAGGAUCAUAUACUUACAGGUGACAUAAACAACAAAUAUUGCCUCCGUGCUCUUCGCCUUAUGAGAAAGAUAAUUGGCCUUAAAGAUGAAGUUUAUAAUCGUUACAUCAUCAAGGGAAAUUUAUUUGAGCCGGUUGUAAAUGCCUUUCUGGAUAAUGGAACUCGAUACAAUAUGUUGAAUUCAGCUGUUAUUGAACUAUUUGAAUAUAUAAAAGUGGAAAAUAUCAAGUCUCUGCUAAUACAUGUAGUUGAAAAGUUUUACAAAAGACUUCAAUGGAUUGAAUAUGUUCCGACAUUCAAAAGUUUGAAGUUUAAAUAUGAACAAGAGAAAGACCGAAAGAGUCAAAAGAGUUUGAAUUCUAUGCAGAGUAGUAAAAUAUUUUUGUCAAGCGCCAGAGAGUUGGAGAAGAAUGAAGUUUCUUGGAAAAGAGAUAUAGAAGAUAUAGAGGAAGGAGAAACAAGUAUGAACCCACUGGAAAGUGAUUGUCAAUAUGUUUGUGAUACAUUUAUGGAGACUGAAGAAACAACAGAAAAUGAAGACAAGGUGAAUCUUCCUAAAAGAACAUCUUCUGGUGACCUCAAAUUUACUCAUACCCAUUCUACUGGUGAUACCAAUGGAACAGAUAGCCCAAUGAGAUUAGUGGAUUAUUCGGAUGAUGAAGAAGAAGAAGAUAAGGAAGAUGAAAAGGCAUUUAGGAAAAGACCACAUCUUAUUCCGUAA